UUAUGUAUUUCCUGUAUGUUGAGCUACAUGCUAACCUGUAGCAUAAUGUAGCAUGAUUCAUAAACAUGGUAGUGCGUUAAUAGUACUAUUUUAUUUUAUAGAUGCUCAAACAUCUGCUUUACUGGACAUUUUUUCCGAGCCACUUUGGUCAACAUUUGCUGUUUUUACUUUAUAAACACACUGACUUGCAUUGACCAUGGCUGAGUAUUUUCACGUGAACACACCACUGCUGGAGAGCAUGAGCAUGUCCAAACUAGUGGGAACCACAGUUUAUCUGAAGAUGGAAAAUUCACAGCCUACUGGUUCCUUUAAGAUCCGUGGUAUUGGACACCUCUGCCAGAAGCUUGCUAAAGAGUCUACAGGAGUUGUCUGCUCAUCAGGUGGAAACGCAGGGAUGGCUGCAGCCUAUGCAGCCAGAAAAAUGGGAAUACCAGCCACAAUCAUAAUUCCCUCUUCCACUCCUCCAUUGGUGGUAAAGAGACUUAAGGAUCAGGGUGCUACUGUUAAGUGCAUAGGCAAGGUUUGGGAUGAUGCUAAUGCCGAGGCUCUCAGACUUGCAGAAACUGAAGGUUUAACUUAUGUUCCUCCAUUCGAUCACCCCCUGCUAUGGCAGGGCCAUGCCAGUUUAAUAGCAGAGGUUGCAGCGUCGUUGGGUUCUGGUGUGAAACCCGGAGCCGUGUUGGUGGCUGUGGGUGGGGGAGGCCUCCUUUGUGGGGUCAUCCAGGGCUUGAAGGACGUGGGUUGGACAGACGUGCCAGUUGUGGCUAUGGAAACAGUAGGGGCGGACUGUUUCAAUGCUGCCGUCAAGGCGGGAAAGUUGGUCACCUUAGAUGACAUCACUAGUGAAGCUAAAUGUCUUGGAGCAAAGACUGUGUGCAAGAAGGCUUUUGAAUACAGCCAGUGCAGUGAGGUCACCAUCAUUUCUGAAUUGGUCACUGAUCAGCAAGCCCUGAGUGCCAUUGAGGCAUUCCUUGAUGAGGAGCGUGUGUUGGUGGAGAUGGCAUGUGGAGCAGCAUUAGCAGCUGUCUACAGUGGACUUAUACAAAGACUACAGGGGGAAGGUCGUCUGCCAACUCUUCUGGGCCCCCUGUUGGUCAUUGUUUGUGGCGGUAGUAGUAUUGACAUGGAGCAGCUGUCCAAUCUCAAACACAAACUACAUAACUAAUGGACGCAAAUGUUAUGAGUGAAUAAAGCAUUAAUUCAGUGAAUGGUGAAUGAACUAAAGAACAUGUGGCUGGAAUAAAAAUUAAAAUGAACAGAUAAAUACAGUUCCACAUACUGUAGUUAAUUGUUUUCUUUGAAAAUAGCUUGUAAAUAACAUAAAAAUGCACACAAAUGCACUUAAACAUCUCAUAAAACCCAAAUAAAUCAAGAUAUAUCUGUCAAUUCAGCUUUAUUUGUCAGCUCAACUGUGAAUGUUCACUUCCCUGGAUUCCCCACAGGGUGGUGUCAUGGUUCACUUUUUAGAAGUACACUGAACAUUGACAGAUACGGAAAAUAUAAUGAAAAUGAGCUUUUCUUGCUUUGAACACAUGCUUACUGAUAUGAUUCAAUGAAAAGUUAAACUGACCUUAAUGCUGCAUCCAACAAAAUACUAAUAACACAAAUAUUAUAGAAAUAAAAUAUCAGAAAACAUG